AUGUUCACCAAUUGGCAGGAUAAAUGCUGUGGAACACAUGGGCCAUCAAGUUACCAAGACAUAAAACUAUCAAAAAGAUCACAAAAAAUUUUAUUCAACGCUGAUUUUAGGGCCGUCAGAUUUCCGAUAUCUUGCUGCAGUCUAAACAAUAACGUAACGAACGUGAAACACGAGGAAAAUUUCAGAAAUCUGACUAAUUGUCUGGACGGAGAUUUCAAGUACAUCAAUAAAAAACACUGCUUGGAUCACGUGAUAUACUACCGAACCUAUUGGUACGGAAUAUUCUUUGCACUGCAAAUACUUACUCUGGCAUUUCUGUUGCAUGUGAAUUUUUUUUGCUUAUUUUAUUAUCGAAAUUUACUGGAGUUUAGAGAUUUAGAAAAGUUAGGAGUUUAG